AUGAGUGAACCAGAGGGAGGAGAGGAGGAAGACAGAGAUGAGAUCACGAGCGAGAGACCAGAGAGUGAGAGGGGGUCACCGCCGCAACGCCGCUGCAGCCGCCGCCAUCACCGUCGUGGAGGAGGGAGUCCAGAGGAGAGAGAGAGAGAGAAAGAUGAUUCGCAGACUAAAUGGAGAGAAAGGAUGAAGACGCGACGCGAGAGAGAAGGAGGCUGUUUCGCCGUGCACUGUCGUCGCUCCUGGGGUCAAUUGAAGCCGCCGCCGCUGCUAGGGCUUGCCGUGCUCCUGUCCUCACUUUCGGCUUCUAUGAUUGACUUCCUGCGUUUCAUCAGUGCCAUUUUCGAUGCCAAUGGUACAGAUGCAAUUCUCUCCUUUGAAAAGUUCUGCUGCAAUCUCCCUAGACCUCUUCUUCAGGUUCCGGACAAGGUCCCUGCCUUCUCUCCAAAGAAAGCAAAAAGCUUUAUUGAGAGUGAAUUGGGAGCUUCCAUUAGCUUACUAUUUAGGGAGUUCGAAGAUCGGCCAAUAGCCGCUACUAGUCUUGGUCAGGUUCAUCGUGCUAUCCUGCAUUUAAUUUUAUGUUCAUUGCUAAUAAGCUUAUCGAGCAUGUUAGCUGGUUUGGAAUCCUUUAAGCUUAUGAAACCAGAACUCUUUGAUUUCAUUGAUAAAUAUAACCUACAAGAUUCAAUCCAUGAAAAGGUUGUCCAAUUGAUGAUGUUGGAUUGCAAGCAUGUAGUUCCUUUAUUGAUCCAGCAUAGGGACUUAAUAAGUCCACAAGAAGUUGUGAAGCAACUUCUAAAUGCUGAUGUUAAGUGUGACUGCAGAUACUUUUUACAUUUGUAUCUCCAUUCACUAUUUGAAGUAAAUCCGCAUGCUGGGAAAGACUUUCAUGAUAUACAUGUAGAACUCUAUGCAGAUUAUGAUCCAAAGAUGCUGCUACCUUUUCUACAUAGCAGUCAGCACUAUACUCUUGAGAAGGCCUAUGAAAUUUGCACUAAAAAAGAGCUACUGAAGGAGCAAGUUUUCAUCUUAGGAAGGAUGAGAAACUCAAAGCAAGCCCUAGCAGUUAUUAUAAAUAAACUGGGGGACAUUAAGGAGGCUGUAGAGUUUGUCACUAUGCAGAAUGAUUAUGAACUCUGGGAAGAAUUAAUCAAGCAAUGCAUUGACAAGCCUGAAAUGGUGGGCAUGCUAUUAGAGCACACAGUUGGAAAUCUUGAUCCCCUCUACAUUGUAAAUAAGGUUCCCAAUGGGUUGAAAAUACCUCGAUAA